GACAUGAUGACAUUACUAUUUAUAUCAAAUUUGUCACUUUCUUAUUUCCAAGUUACGGUCUACAGAUGUGAACAACUGGCUUUAGAUUGCAGUCAUUGCCAGGCGUUAAACAAAUUACUUUACAGCUGUUUUUGGUAUACAAACAAUGAAUGUGUUCACAAUGUUGCGAACCGUGUAUCGAAUUGUCCGCCACCAAACAUAACAAAGAUAACACCGACAACUGGUCCCAUCCAUGGUGGCACCUAUGUAACUAUCUACGGGAGUAAUUUAGGUAGGACAAUGCUGGACACUGAAACCAUAACAGUUGCUAACGUGACCUGUGAUCUGAUGAACGAUACAACAAUAAAACCUGAUCCAGAUUUUGAGUCUCUGGUACCAUCUAGGUUGAUUUGCAAAACGGGAUCAAGUUCGACAGCUGUGAAAGGGGCAGUAGUUGUUGUGGUAGAAGGAAAUCUUUCAAAUACAAAUAUUCAGUUCUCAUACAAAAGUCCAAGUGUUUUUAAUAUAUAUCCAAACUUCGGGCCGAAAGCGGGUGGCACAAAAAUAACAAUUUAUGGAGAAAAUCUUGCAAUUGGGAAUAAAAACAUUUCCUUGUUUCUUGGAAAUCAUCGAUGCGAAGAAAUAACAGAAGUUACGGAAGACAGAUCCGAUACGGAAAAUGAUACAUUUGUGUGCGUUUCGAAAUGCAGCAUGUCUGCUCCAUGCUCUUCUAAUAUAACCGAACUGCACUUAUCAAUAGAUGGCAAUUACGUUGAUACUAACAAAAAGAUAUUGUUUAGUUUUGUCGACGACCCAGUUGUUGUGCAAAUAUCACCACUUACAGCAUUUGCCAGUGGAGGAAGACUGUUAACAAUAGAAGGAAAUUUAUUAAACAACGCCCAUUCCUCAUCAAUCAAACUGAGUUACAAGGGUGAAAUUAGAGUUGCAAAUUGUGAGAUUGUAUCUGAUACAAAUGCAGUUUGUGAAAUACCUGAAGCGCCUCGUGCUUUAAAAGAACAACUAUCAAGACAGCUAUCGUCUGUUACAAAAGAAAAACAAAGAUGCUAUGGACGCAUUAAUGUUUCUACGGAAAUAAACUUUGAUGCUGUGGUCCAGAACUUUAUAAUAUCUUAUACCAAUGAUCCAAUGUUUGACAUCUUACCAGAUGACAGAAAUGUUUUGACUUUUGAUGCCACAGCCCCUUGGAUUGUGAUAUCGGGAAAAUGCUUUAACACUAUACACAAAGAUUUCGAUAUUGACAUCAAAGUGGGCGAUAAGACAUGUAAAAUAAUAAAGAUGACACAAACUGUGAUAAGCUGUGUUGCUCCGACUGUAACACCACGAGUAACUUCCGGGAAUAAACAUCCGGAAAUAAGUGUAACAGUUGGCAACAUUCAAGUUACAGUAGGAUAUUUACGUUAUAUACCAGACGAACAAGAAGAGAACCCUACCAUGCUCAUACUGUAUAUUUCGAUAGCAGCAUUCUUUAGUUGUAUUGUCUUUUCAGGCACUAUUUGCUUGUGUCGUCGGUACAAGAAGUUAAAGAACAGAGUGACUUACCUUGAAGGGAAGAAACCAGGCCUGAAAGGCAGACAAAAUGAGAGAAGGCAAAUAUAUGAUCGCACUAUACCAUUCAGACAGAGUGGAAUAUAUGAUGAAAUAAAUGACGAAGACGUCCAAGACACAUCUAUCGAUAUCAUUGGUGGGGCGAACGGUGAUGAAGUUGAUGACUAUCUUGUUCCAAAUCCUUACGAUGAUAUUGAUGAAGGAAAGACAUUCGGGCAUAUUACACAAUCACAAAGAGAGACUUAUGCUUUGGACAAUAUCUAUAAGGGUUCCGUAAAUCUAGACCAAGCUUACAUUCAUGCUAUCAAUGAUGUGGCACAAGACACGAUAAACCUGUCAAAGUGACCGAGUUAAACCUCGAUGUGUAAGCAUCAACUGUAAAUAUAGAUAUAGAACAUGCUAAACAAAACAAAUAUGUCGUUUCUUAUUCUUGCUGUAAAUUACACACAGAGUGGGGUGAUCAAGUGGAGGAUGUAGAAACUGAAAAAGAACACAAUUUUAUUGUUUCUUAUGCCUUUAGUCAACUGAACGAUGAAAAACUACCUGGAGACCAUAGUAACUCUUCGGGAAGUUUUGAUGCUUUACCAGAAGAGGAUAACCGUAAAUAAGAUUCCAACUAUAAACAUCGAAUGAACAAUUGAGAUGAACUGCGAUUCGCACAUCAAGAAGUUUAGUUAUCAUAUUUAAAUCAUUGAUAACAGAAUAAAUUCAUUUGUUGUUCUCU